AUCCCAUGUGCAUGAAGAUUAUCCAAAUAUGUUACAAAUGUUUACAAAAUUCUCACGAGGCGUAGUGUUGGUACGCGAAUUGAGACGAUGCGAUGUGUUCGUACGCGAAAUAAAUUAUUUUAAUGUGAAUAACGAUUGGAAAAAAGUUACGAAGGAGGCGGAAAAUAUUGUUGGAUAUCCUACAUCAUUUUUGAACCUCAGGUGGAUACUCAAUGAUGAAUUUGCGAGUCUGGUGGGCCAUUUCAGAAAACUCAUUGAUACGAAUCAUCCCCUUCCACAAAUUGCAAAAGAUUUAUUCUUUAAGAAUGAUUUUCCAUCAUUUGGAUUAAUUAUACUAUUGAUAUCCAAAGCCGGAGGGGUCAAACAAAUCGCAAAAGAUAUGGAAAUGGAUAGAACUGCAGGAAUUAUGCACGGUCAGAGAGUUUUAGCCGAAGUUGUCGAAAUGAUACGCAUGAGUUUUUUGAUACAUAACUCUGUAAUAGCAGUAGAUGCUAAGUGCGCAGAUGAGAAUAACCUGAAUUACGGCAACAAAAUUGCAUUGCUGACCGGUGAUUACCUGUUAAGCAAAUGCUUCCAUGACCUAGCACAACUCAAUAACUCAGAGGUUGAAGAAUUGAUGUCCUCGUCGUUCAGGGACUGCGCGGAAUGUAAUUUCUUAGGCGCGCUUCCCAUGAAACACCUGCAUCAAAAUAAUGUUAAUUAUUUUACGGAAAGUAAUAUAUCUAUUGGACCGUACAAGCUUCAGGACGUUCUGGGAAGUUAUCGUGACGAGUGGAUUUUCAGGACAAUUUUACAUUCAGGCAAUCUUUUGGCGAAAGCAUGCAAAUCAUCAUUAAUUUAUGGAAAUCAUGACGUGCAUUUGCAAAAUAUUGCGUAUUUAUUCGGAAGGAAUCUUACGUUAGCCAUGCAAGCGAAAAAGGACUGCGAGGAAAUUUUAAAUGCAUCGGACAAGAUUAAUUUAUUAUCGGCACCUGUUAUGUUAUAUUUUCAAAAACAACCACAACGUUAUGAUGACAUACAGAAGAUAUCAGAUCAAUGUGAUGAUAUUCAUAGUUUUAAAAAUGAAGUAUUAAAUUGUACGGUAAUUGAAGAGACCAGAGAAAUGAGCAUGGACUUUGCAAAGAAAGCUGCAAAGAAUCUUGAUGAUUUCGAUGAUAGUGAAAGUAAAGAAUCACUAUUACAAAUGAUUGAAGUUUUAAUAAGACAAGAUGUUAAGUCGUAUUUUCAAGAUGCGAAAUAUCUAAAGUCGAAGGACAUAGUGAAGGAAGCGGAGAAGAUUGUAGGAUACUCGCCGUCCUUUUUAAAUUUACGCUGGUUGUUCAGUGACGAGAUUGCCAACAUAGCCAUUUAUUUGAGAAAGCUUACUGGUACAAAUCACCCUAUCAUGAAAGUUGCAAAAGAUUGCCUAUUGAAAAAUAAUAGAAAUCCGUGGGGUUUAAUAGUGCUAUUGGUAUCGAAGCUUGGCGGAUUAGCGGUAGGGACGGAAGUUACAGAGCGUGACAUAACUGCGGGUAUUUUGAGGGAACAGCGCGUCCUAGCUGAAAUCACCGAAAUGAUGCGGACUAGUGUGUUAAUUCACAAAGGGAUCGUAUUAGUGGAUGAAGGAGAUGAGAGCGCGGAUGUACUGAAAUAUGGUAACAAAAUCGCGUUACUCAGCGGUGAUUAUCUGCUCAGUCGGUGUUACAGUGAUUUAGCUGGCUUGAAGAACCAGGACGUUGUCCUCUUGUUCUCUUCCGCGUUAAGAGAUUUGGUCGAGAGCGAAUUUUUCAAGCCCCUCCCGGCAAUGCCGAAAGAACUUAAUGAUGAUAUGGCUGAAGAUGUGCUGGAAUCUAGAAAUCUUGAAGGCGUUUUUGGGAAUGCAAAGAAUGAGUGGAUUUUGAGAAGUUUGUUGUCUGGUGGUAGUCUUCUAGCGAAAGCGUGUCAUGGAGUUUUGAUGCUGGCGGGACACGAGAAGGAUAAGCAAGAUAUAGCUUACUCAUUCGGACGUCACUUAGCUUUAGGUUGGCAGGCUGGACUGGAGGUAGAAGAAUUUGUAUAUGACGGGAAAGUGAAUGUAGCGUCUGUACCAGUGAUGCUGCAUUUGUUCAAAAAUCCAACAUUUUACGAAACUCUGAUGGCUAUGGAUUUGGAGAGAAUUAGAGAAGACGUGAGGAAUGGUAGCGGCAUAGAGGAUGCGGUUGUGUUGAAGCAGGAAUUCCUUCGGAAGGCAAUCGAUGAUCUGCGUGGAUUCGAUGAUUGCAAUGCAAAAUGGGCCCUGGAGAGUAUAAUUGUUAAUUCUCUGUGA